GACUCUGCUUCAGCCUUCCCUUGAACCAAUGCAGGUCAUUUUUGUCACCUGAGUGACAGGAAGGUGAUGUAACUUUUGUGUAACAUAAACUCUGCAUUAAUAAAUGUAGGCAUUUAUAAAUAAAAGUGGUAUGAAAAGGCAACACUGUAUUAUAAUCUGUGGGCACGUAAGCCUGAAGGAAGCAUAGGAGAAUUGAAUACAGGAUAUCACUGAAAACUGCAACUGUUCUCUUAAAAUCUGUCUAUGUGUUUUGUUUCCCGAUCCCAUAAGACUAGCAUUUUUUACUGUUGGAGGUAGGCAGAAUUUUUCUUACUGAAAUGUCAUCUCCAAGUGAGGAAGCAAGUCUUUGGGUUUUAGCAGGGCUCUUGUAAAGCAAUCACUCUACAACAAUGACAUAAAAAUCAGAUCGACCUAUGCCUAGGUUAAGGACUUAAUUAUACAGAGUAACUUUGUCAGAUAAAUGGGUGGAGAGAUACAAAGUGUGGCUGUGGAGAGGGAGUAGAUAACUAAAGUUGCUGUGAAGAAGUGUAUGGCAAGGGAGAACAUUUACUUGUGAGUCACAUAUUCAGAACAAAAUAUUGCCUGCCAGUAAGCACAGCUGGCAUCGUGUUGAAUUCAUUCUGCAGUCCACUUCCUAUUGUUGUCAUUUCCUCACUGCGGAAGCCUUCUAGUUAUGAGGAAACAAUGAUAGGUUUGUUUUAAUAUCAAAAUCAAAAUGCUCCUUUUGUAGCACACGAGUAGUCAGAAGCCAACAGAAAUGCUUAGUAAACAUGUUUCAACUGAAGCCUUGUGGAAAACAAACAAACAAACAAAAACCCCGAACCCUCAGAAAUGGUAAUUCAUAUGGAGAGAGAGGAUGAGUGACCCUGGCUGGGCAUUACUUGAUAUGAGCUGAGAAGUCAACUAUGGUGACAGAAUAAAUUCCAUGAAACCACAAGACAAAAAUAAGAGAUGGAAAACUGAAUGGAAGAAUUUCAUCUAAACCCAACUUGGUCUCUGUCCCCUGCACUGCCUGCCUUAACCACUGGGUGCCAGGGGCUUCCCGGCAGGGAGCUUCUCAUGCCCAGCUCAUCCUUCUGUGAUGGGAAUGCUGCCUGCUGGAACUGAUAUAAAUUCUCUCCUGAUUAAGAAAAGGACCAGAAUGGGAACAAUCAGGCAGCUCUGUCCCCGGCUUCACAGCAGAGCCAGGGCUGUGCCUGGCAGUAUUUUGAGCCCAGCAGCUUUCUCUGUAAGGGAGGAAGGAAGUGCCAGGUUUCAGCAGCUUCCUGUCCGAUACUUGCAGCAGAAAGUGACAGCUGAACACCGCACCGGGCUGUUGCUGCCGAAGCGUCCUUGAACCGUAAGGUUAAGUAUAUUUACGAACUGUCUGAUGUCACCUCGGAUUCUGAUAAGACUUCCAAGAUUCACUUUCAAAGCUCAGCUGGAACGCAGGCUGAGUCCUUGGAUUUUGAAGUCUUGUUGAUGCCAGUGAGACUGAUACCUGGGCCUUCAAGAGACUUUCUGAUAGCCCAGCUCCACUCCGUUCAAGCCUAUGACUGGGGGUUUCACCGUAGCACCAUCCUUUGCUCUCCAGUUGCACAAGAUGGGUUCAUUCAGAAGGCCCCGACCUCGCUUCAUGAGCUCUCCAGUGCUCAGUGACCUGCCACGUUUCCAGGCGGCUCGGCAGGCCCUGCAGCUCAGCUCUAACUCGGCAUGGAACAGUGUUCAAACAGCAGUGAUAAAUGUGUUUAAAGGGGGAGGCUUGCAGAACAAUGAACUUUAUACCCUCAAUGAAAAUAUCAGGCGGCUGCUGAAGAGUGAACUGGGAUCCUUCAUCACUGAUUACUUUCAGAACCAGCUCCUUGCGAAAGGCUUGCUGUUCAUAGAGGAGAAGAUUAAGCUGUGUGAAGGUGAGGAUCGCAUUGACAUCCUGUCUGAAAUUUGGGAUCACUACUUUACAGAGACUCUUCCUACGCUCCAGGCAAUAUUCUACCCAGUCCAGGGUCAGGAGUUGACCAUCCGUCAGAUUGCUCUUCUUGGCUUCAGAGACUUGGUCUUGCUAAAAGUGAAGUUGGAAGAAAUUCUUCCUCUGGUCCAGACGAAGCUCCCAGCUUCCAUUGUCCAGAUGCUGUUAAUUCUGCAGAGUGUUCAUGAGCCCGAUGGCCCCAGUGAGAGCUACCUACAGCUGGAAGAACUGGUCAAGCAGGUGGUGUCACCAUACUUGGGUUUGUGUGAGGACCACAGCAUCUCUGGUAGCACCUGCUUGCUUGAGAGGCGGUACUCCAGAUCCCGCUCCAAAGCUGGAGGACUGAGUUACUCCUCUCACCUGGCGACAAGUCGGCAGCCCAGCGAGAUGGCCCUGACACCUCUGACGGAGCAGGAGGGUGAGGCUUAUCUGGAGAAGUGUGGUAGCAUCCGUCGCCACACUGUUGCCAACGCUCAUUCAGAUAUUCAGCUCCUGGCGAUGGCCUCCAUGAUGCACACAGGCAUGGUGAUCGAGGAGUCAGACAGUAAUGACAAAUGUCUCCUCCUGCAGCCCAGUUUCAGCCACAGGCAGUGCUCCAGUGAGCCUAGUAUUGCUGACGGGCCGGAGGGAGGCAUGGCGGCAGGCAGGCAGGACUCAGCAGAGCUGAACUGCACAUCAGUCAGCUAGAAGUUGUCUCUCUGAGGAGAGGAAGACUCUAUGUGCUAAGCUGGACAAAUGCUCGUGUCACCCCCGCUGGAAAAAAAAGGAAAAUUGGAGUCUUGCUCCUGGUGUUAAAACGGCCUUGGAUGAUCUAAUGUCUCUUUGGGAACGCUCUCCAGACUUGUUUUCCUUGCCUGUUUGUGAUCACUGUUGAUAGAGGUACCAGCCUGCUCCCAAAUGCGCGUGAUGGGCUGCAAAGUUGAACAUGGCGGUUUACCUUCUGUGAGCUCUUUUACUGCGCUAGCCUAAACCUUUUGGCCUCAGGUUUCCUUCUGUUUCUUUGGUAUGAUACAAAUGAGCCUCCUUCUGCUUUUGUCUUUCCUGGUUUUGUGCUACUUGUUUGCUUCAGAGAACCCUGUGCUUAAUGUUCUUUUCUUCCAUACUUGAGGUGGUGAUGACCGAGGACUGCCUCUUUCUCUUUUGAAGUUGAACUCAGGGAUGAAACCACUUGCAUCUUGCAGAAAGAUCUGCUCAGAUGGCUUGUGAGAGAAGGAGACCCUUUGCUUGCUUCCCACAGGCGUGAGUGAAAAGAAUCUUGAAGAAACCAGAUUGUUUUUUGCCCCACACUUAAGCAGAACUGGAUAUGUGUGGAGUGCCAGCUGAGCUCUUCCAGUAUAUGCUUUAGUUCCAGUAAUGUCCUUAGGGUUGGCGUUAUAAAUUGAGUGCAAAGGAGGAAGUAUAAAGUGAGAGCAAAUACUGUCCUGAGCGUCCUAGUGUUUGGCAUCAAAUUGCUGUUAAAGUUUUGGGGUGGUACAGCUGCAAUGAAAGGAGAAAUCUAAACCUUCAGAAAGGGAAUGCUCACGCAUUUCUGUUGUGGAAGAGCUAAAGGUGCUUCUCCAGGCUGAUUGUCAUGAGUGCAGAGCGGGAGGUGACGACAGGGCUGCUUCCUUGAGCUGCUCUGGUACUCCCUGCACUUGCAGGAUUUGUGAGACCAGAGAUAAGCAGCUGGGUGCAGAGAGGAGCCCUGUCCUCGUAGCACAUUUGUGAAGUGCUUCUGACCUCCAGUGGUAUCUUGCUUAGUGCAGCAUUUCCUUAAGAUAAAGCGAGGACUACUUGCAGUCUUUGUCCCUGUUUUUAUUUUGAAGAUGAGGAGUGGGUCCAGGUCGUCAGUGCAUCAGGAACUGCGGUGCCCACUGUAUGGCACCGCUUGGUACACAGCUGCUGCUUCUGUGGGAGAAGAACCAAUUUGUUGGAGCAGUCCCCUGCGGUACUCCCCUGAUGUCUUGCUAAGCAGAUUUGCUAGCGUAAUUACAGGCUUAGAGGUGAACUGAAAUGCUGCCUUAAAUGUCAAAUCCCGUUAAAAAUGUGGAUAUAACACCACAGCCACUAGAGUCCAGUCACUGUGGUACUGACUGCAAAUAAAUCUGCCUUGACAAGGAAACAGGAAGUUAGGAUGAGCCUUCAGGAUGUGUUUUUGCACACUGUGACAUUAACUGCAGAAUUUGCCCUGCUGCCACUGGGCAUUAAGCGCCCUCUGUUGCACAGGCUGUACUGGAAGAGAAGCUCAGACCUGCUGAGAUUUGACUUCAGUAACAUGCGCUGCAAAAACCAAGUGGAUGGUUAUUUUACGACGAAGCACUGAAAAAAACAGCAACGAGCACAAGAUUUUGCUGUCUGCGUACACGAGGGUGUUGCUUUGUCUCCUGUGGUUUGCAAAUCUUGUUGGCCUUUGUAGAAAUGCAGUGUUUGGCUCCCCAGCUGUGCUUCUGUGGAGAGAGAUUUGGUUGUGCUGUUUGCCUCCUAGGAAGGAUGUGUCCGGGGAGGCAGGAAGAUGGGGAUUUUAGCAGUCCUUCCUUGAAAUGGAUUCUAGGGGAAGUUGCCUCCUCAUUCUGAAAUUGGACUGAUUGUGCCACCCUGAUGCUGUCACAUGCAGUGACUUGCAGCCUUCUCUUGGCCAAGUGGGCACGUGUGGAAGUGGUGGUCCUGCAGCAUUUCAGCUCGCUCCUACAAGCGCUUCUCAUCUCUUUUACUUCUCUCAUUUCCCUUUUGUAAAUGCCUGAAGCGAGCAGCGCCACCUUCUGUGAUGAAAAUGAGUAUGGUUUGUUUAUUUCCUGACAUACUCUUGGAUCAUCUCUAGGGCUAAUAGGAAUCCAGUCCUGGUUUUAACUUGAAUGUCUUUUGUUUUUACAUCUAUUUAUAAUUUGAAUCAUUUUGAUGUUGUACCUGUUACUUUGCGAAAAUUUGCACCGAGCCACUCUGAAUCGUGCACUUCCUCAGUUGUUUGGAUGUUUUGUGUCGAGAGAAUUAAAGCUGGUGGCUUUACUUUGUAAACUGA